AUGUGUAACACAACGGAUCAAAACGGAGGUGGAAUGCACGUGGAUAUUGAUGUACCAGACACGGGAGCCGUGUUUACGUUAGGCAAAUCGUACCUCUUCGACGAUACAAUUAAGGAGGAAACAACACCCCAAAUCGACACAGCAAACCAUCCGCCACCGGAAGCCAACGGUAAAGAUGAUGAACCCAACCCACCCAAAGAGGAUGUACCGAUGCGACAGCAGAGUUACUUUUUCGUCAAGAAUGAUCCUAUCGUGAAAAUUGUCUGUGGCAGCAAACAAAGUGGAGUGAUAUGCGAAUCUGGACGACUUUUCGUAUGGGGUCUCAGUGGCCACGGACAGCUAGGGUUGGGCAAAACGGAAACCAUCCAUAAACCAUCCUGUGUGCGCACGAUCAAACGCCUCAAGGAGCGUGUCCAAUCAUUUUCCUUCGGAGGCAAUGGAUUCUGUGUUAUUCUUGCUGAGUCCGGAAGGGUGUUUUACAGUGGGAAAAAUGUUUUUCCUUUCAAUGCAAAGGUUUCGUCCCUGCUGGAAGCGACCACACUUCACAAAAAUCCCACCGAUAACAGUGAGUUUACACCGUUUCCCGUAGAGCUGCGGGAGUUCAACAAUCUGCUCGAUGAAGGAACAGAGGAACGUUUCACCGAGAUAGUGGCCGGUUUCAACCACUUCAUACUGCUCAGUUCGUGUGGUAAUUGCUACGGAUGGGGAUACAACAGUCACCAGCAGCUCGGUGGAGUUGAUUCGCUUAAAAUACUCUCCCAACCGGAACGGAUCGCACUCGACGAAUCGGUCGGGCAGGUGUUCUGUGGCAACUAUUGCACACUGUUUGUGACCGUAGCAAACACACUCUAUCUGGUGGGAAAGUUCCAAAAGAUCACCAUUCCGAUGCUUAAACAGCUGGAAAAUUGUAUCCUUCCGGAGAAGGUGAUUUCAGGCGAGAUUACUGGAUGGGAUUGUGUGUAUUUGUUGCUGGCAAGUGGGCAAGUGUAUCGUUCCAAUCGGGUGCGAAAGGUGGAAGAUUUAAAGUUUGAACCGUUCGAAAACUUGACCGGAUUGUUGGCUGAUGAUGAGCAUGUGACAAAGAUUGCCUCUGCAAACGAUUGUGUGUCAUUUGUUACUAGUAGCGGUCGCCUGUUAACAACAUAUGAUGAGGAUUGUCCUUUUACAGCAUCGGAUCACUUUAAGGAGCUGAAUAAAUUCCGUCACUUUAACGUUACGGACAUUGCAAGCGGGAAUGAACAUUCGCUAGUAUUGGCUUACCCUGCCGUAGAAAGGUUGGAUGUAACACACGCACUAGAGCUGCUGCGAAAUGCCACCCCGUUACCAACCGAGCUGCAGAUGGACGCCGCAAAGGCACAGGAAUUUAUUCGCAACGAAAAGAGACGCUUGCGAAGGGAACACGUUGAGCGUGAGAUUUCCAAAGAUGAAUCGAUUACGAUCGAAACAAGCGAAAGAGGCGAUUCGGAUGUGCGGUUCAUCGAUAACGGUGUAAGCAUAACGCCAGCCGUAACUCCCAGCGGAAAGCACCACAAACGAAAUCACCACCUGAAGCCAGCCGAUGCCGUCGAUGCGGACGAUGAAGCGGAUCGCUUUUCGGCCCACAGAGAUGUCGUGCCGAGGAAAACGCACACACCCAACAUUAGUCAGCUAAUUGAUUACAGUGAUGACGAUAACGAUAGCAUCUCUUCACAGUCCACCUUUCACGAUGAGGAGGAAGAAAAUGAGGACACGGGAAAGCACGUCGGCAAACAUCCGGACGGCUACAACGGUCAGAACAAAACUGGAAUCAACAAUGAUAGCAAUAAUAAUCGCAACGAGGAUGCACGGAAGCUGAGUCUCGGUAGCAAGCUGAACGGUAGCAUGGGUAGCACCAAAUCCAGCGACAGGAUGCGUAAGUUCUUCAAGGAGCUUAAAUCGAAAAGCAUGGAUGUUUCGUGCAAGAAUCCGGGCGUUGUUUUAGAUGAUGACAUAAAAUAUUCCAAAAACGACCAGAUCAUACAGGCGGAGGACAGAGCAUCGAAGGUGUGCACACUGAUGUGAAUCCGGCACUCUGCUUACCUGUUUCUUAAUACUGUACACAC